UUUUUUUUUUUUAUCUUUUUAUCUUUUUUUUUUUUUUUUUUUGUUUCCUUGACAGUCACCCGACGUUCGAUCAACCUUCAAGCUUAACGUUUAUUCCGGAUCUUAUCCUAUCCCGUACUUGGUCCUUCUCCUUCUUGGUGAUUUGCGCGCGUGUUUGGCUCCCUCGUCGCGGUCGAUCUUAUGUAGCGUCAUAGGCCUACAGUGGACACCAGCUAGAAGCAAUGGCUAUUAUCGCCGCCAGCUCCGUUUUACUCAUAUUCGGUCUCCUUGGGCUAAGUUCCCUUGCCCAGGUCGUCUACAACUUAUUCUUCCACCCCUUACGCAAGUACCCUGGUCCCUUACUAUGGCGCGCCAGCGGUUUGCCCAAGGCGAUCCAUCUCCUCAUGGGCACAUAUCCCAGGAAGGCGGUCGAGUUCCAUGAGAGAUAUCCGGGGACCAUCCGGGUUUCCCCUAACGAGCUGUCUUAUAUGCAAGCAACGGCAUGGAAGGACAUAUUCGGGCGUCUGCUCAAGAACGAGUUCCCCAAAGACACCCGCUUUUUCGGCGGCGAUUCCCUCUCCAACGACAGCCUAUCGGCGGCGCCCCCGGAAGCCUACGCCCGCAUGCGCCGCCUCUUCAACAAGGCCUUCACCAACACGGCCCUGCAAGCCCAGGAACCCUUGUUCGUCCGCUACGCCGACCAGAUGGUCCGCAAGAUGGCCGACCUGAGCGUCCGCGACACCCGCGGCGGCAACGGCGCCAUCAACCUCGUCGACCUCUUCAACUUUUGCACCUUCGACAUCAUGGCCGACCUCACCUUCGGCGAGCCCCUCCGCCUCCUCGAGACGGGCGACUACAUCCCCUGGGUGCGCCUCAUCUUCUUCGGCCUCAAGUUCAUCGUCUGGCGCGCCGUCCUCUCCGACAUCCCCGUCCUCGGGCCCCUCCUGAAUGCCCUGACCGCGGGGCCUUUGCAGAAGAAGGCCCGGGAGCACAUGCGUUUUGCUGCUGACCUCGUCGACCGUCGCGUCGCCGCCGCGCAAUCGGAAGCGAGAUGGGCUGGGGACGACGACAACGACGACAACGACGACAAGGACCACAAGGACCACAAGGACGAACAAGGACAAGGACAAGGACAGCAAGGACAGCAGCAGGGGCACCAUGCCGACGGGAAGCAAAAGAAGAAAGACAUCUGGUCCUUCGUCCUCCGCCACGCCGCCGACGAGAAGGGCCUCAGCCGCCCCGAGAUGCACGCCAACGCCGCCAUGCUCAUGAUCGCCGGCACCGAGACCACCGCCACCGUCGCCUCGGGCGUGUGCUACUACCUCAUGCGCACGCCGCUCGUCUACCAGCGCCUCGUCGCCGAGAUCCGCGCCGCCUUCCCCCGGAGCGAGGACAUCACCUUGUCCGGCCUGGCCGGCCUCGAGUACCUCAACGCCGUCCUGCAGGAAGGGUUGCGGCUCUACGUUCCCGGUGGUUCGGGCAUGGCGCGCAUUGUACCACCUGGUGGCGCUGAGAUUUGCGGGGAUUACGUCCCUGGAGGGACAUUCGUGACCUUAGACUACAACGUCGCCUACCGCCAUUCCGCCAACUGGUCUCGGCCGCUCGAGUUUAUCCCCGAGCGGUGGCUGUACCCCGAUGCUCCCGAGUUUGCCGGCGACAAGAAGGAAGUGCACGAGCCUUUUCUGUACGGACCAAGGAAUUGUGUUGGAAAGAACCUCGCCUGGCUCGAACUACGCCUCCUCCUCGCCAAGACCCUCUGGCAUUACGAUCUAGAAAUGUGCCCCGAGAGCAACGACUGGAUUAUACAGCGCAACUUCUUGACCUGGGAGAAGGGUCCGUUGAUGACCAGGCUCAUCCCCGUCGUUCGGUCGUAGUUGUCAAAGGUGGUCGACGACUAGACGGCAGGGGACGGUGUCGUUUCUGCUAUAUCUUCUCCAAAUGCUCCCUUCUGUUUUUAUAUCUUUGUCGUUUCAUUCACAUCUCGUGCGAGCAUAGCGAACCAUUUAAUCGAGGCACAAGGGCGGGGUUUUGGGCGGUCAUGGGAGUUGAUAGAUCAUCAUGCAAGGCUGUAAAGACUAUUUUGGGGGGGGGG